AUGUUUGCGUUAACCUGGUUUUUCUUUGCUAUAUUGGCAAAGAUUAGUGUUAUUCGCUGGCGCCAUGGUCAAUGUGAGGCCCUAACAUUAUUAUGCAAUCAAAAGGAGAUGACCUCUUGUUUUCCAUUUUUACACCAAUGGCCAUUCGCUUUUUACAACCAUGAUCACAUCGAAGAAUGCGAUCGGAGCGCCGAGGUCAUGUUCUUAUACCUGAUUAUCGGUAUCACUAUCUUCCUUUUCGUCUAUUUCGAAUUCUUGAUGUUCACUUGUCUUUCUAUCUUAGCGAGCUAUAGAGAUGAAAGAGUCAGGAUCUUGGGAAGUUUGGUAGAGCUGGAGGGAAUGGAGAGAUCGAAGGCUCUCGAGGCGAUGUUCAAAAAGUACAAGUUUGUGAAGAAGCAGUACCCGGAUACAGAUACGAUGAUAUCGAAGGAUGCGAUUGCAAAGGGUACGGUAUGGAAUCCGUUUCGCGAAGGUUCGAAUCUUAGAAAGAGGCGGAUAGCGGAUGAGGAGAUGGCUAUCAUUUUUUGA